CUAUAAAGUAGAGAUUCUUAUGGCCAACCCAUUCAACCCUUGUAGUCCUUGCAAAUAAUCGCCAAAUGCAUCUAUUCAAACAACAGGUCCCAAAAAGGGAAACCGAAAUGCACCUGAACUGGUCAGGCCAACUUCCAAAUGUACUACCAUAGGCAAUGGAAAUUCAAGGGAAACGUUCUAGGCUGGCAUGAAACAAUGUCGGUGUAUUUCUCUCAAAAUAAAAGCUCAAUGGGAAAAUGGACAGGAAGCCAAAAGGCCGAAGAGAAACAUAGAUUUGUCCCACUUUGCUCUCUGUCUAACAGUCUAUCGCAUGGCUCUACUCUCCACUCCUCUUCGUUAAUUCUUUGAAACAAUCUAGACUUAAACUCUGUUUAUUUGACCACAAGUCGAUUAUGGAGAACAUAGCUCAACUAAAAACCUAUAGCAGCGAGCUUGCCACAGCAGUUUCAAGCCUCGUCGACUGUUCCGAAAGUGUCACAAUUCAGCAACCGCAGAAUUCUGGACGCCAAGAGACCCCGCUAGCCUCUGAAGAAGUACAUCGGGCUAAAUCCAAUAUCUUAUCUAUGACUUCCAAAAUUAAGUCGUUGGUUUGGGGGCCAACAGACUUUCUUCAACAUCUUGCCAGCCAGAGCGAGAUUCUCGCUUGCCUGAGAUGGCUAGGAGAAUUCCAGAUUCUAGCCUGCAUUCCUCUGGUCGGAAGCGUUCCAAUUGAGGACAUCGCCGAUCUGACAGGCGCCUCAGAGACCCAUCUGGGCCGUAUCAUCCGUCUGACAGCCACCGCGGGCUUUCUCCACGAACCACAACCAGCCUAUGUAGCCCAUACACCUUUAUCAGCAUCCUUCUUCUCGAACCCUUCGCUGUUGGAUGCGGCCAUGUUUCUGUCCGAAUCUGCAGCCCCGGCGACCUUGCAGAUGGCGCAAGCCAAUCAUUCACGCCAGCCCAGUGAGAAUGUCUAUAGUAAUCUAACCCUACCCACUAUCAAAUCAUUCCAUGCUGUGCGAGAACGACGACCUAAGUUGAAUCGGCAGUGGUCUGCUUAUCUUCACCACAUUGGUGGAUUGCAUACUGCUAAUGACACUGCCGACAUCUUGACGCAGCUCAACUGGACAAAGAUUAGCAAUGUGCCAGACGCAUCUAUUGUCGAGGUUAAUGUCCAAUCGUUGUCAAGCUCCAUCAGCCAAUGCCUUGCGGAUCGUUACCCAGCCCUACACUUCAGCGUACAGAUCAGCGAUCCAGUGGCCUCAACCGGAGGCGAUCGGGAUUCAAUAACGGUCGAUGACUUUGAUCCUCGCAUUAGUGUGACCCAUCGCGCCCUUGGAACGCGUCAAACCGCGACCGACGCGGCUGUCUAUAUACUCCAUCUUCCACUUUCUUCCCCAAGUGCGGUCCUUGCAGAACUAGCUGCCCACCUUGAUGUCCUUCGUGCCCGCAGCAGUAUAAUGCUUAUCUUGACUGCUCGUCUCCUUCCCGAGCCGGGCAGUCUGGCUGACCCGGAGGUAGAAGCUAUGGCGCGUUCACGCGGUCUCGUUCUGCUUCAGUUGGCCAACGAAGUGGAAAUGGAAAUGGCCGAACUGUUAGAAAUGAUUGAUACUGUUCGGGAUAGUAUGGGGAAACUUGUCGUCACGAAGAGACUUUGUUCGCGGAAUAAUCUCGUCUCUGCCUUGGUCGUCAAGUACCAACCUGGUUUGACUAGGCCGUGAUAGGCUAAAUACAUCAUUUGAUGUCAAACAGAUUGAAUUAGAUAUAACAUUUACCAUAAAAUGACUCAGCGAACAGAGGCUGAGGAAUAAGCAUUCUAGUUGACAUGGGUAACUCUACAUAUUGCAGAGGCUAAUUGCUAAGGAUCGAAAUUUGAUGACUUUAAAC